UUUAACAACAACAAAAAAUGGUAAUAAGUUUAAUAUUUUGCUCUCUUUUAUAUAAAUAGACCAAUUUUGUAUAGCAGGAAGAAAAAUAAGGAAUGUUUUACUUGUUUCUUUUUCCUAAAUGAAUUGUUGAAUUUUAUUUUUCUCGAAAAAAAUUAAUAAGAUUUGCAAUGAGAAAUAAAGUGAUUUUUUUUUAUAAUGAACACAGAUAUAUUAGGCGUGGAAAUGCCAGAAAAUGAUAUUGUAGAAUGUGAAAAACAGAAUUGUUAUCCUGCCUGUUAUGAAGAACAUUUUGAAGUUACAAGAGAAGUAACAGACUCUACAGUUUUAUACCAUGGUUGUCCCCGUGAACCAGCUCACACCCAAAAUAUUACGAUAUUUAUAAACUUGGACGGCAUGAAAACAACAACGUAUACAUACAAUCCCAAAUUUCAGAAUGUAGAGGCUUUCAGUAACAUAGGUGGCUAUGUUGGAAUUUGGCUUGGAAUCUCAUUGGUUGCUGUAUAUGAUUUCUUAGAGACAGUUAUUCUUAUCAUUAGCUAUCCUUUCAAGCGUUAUAAGAAAGCAAAAGUAAGAAACGGAAAGUUAGAGAAGAUAAAAAAGCUUUCAAGAGAUAUGUAAAGACAUUUAUAUUUCAGCAGCAAACACUGUACAUCCAUCUUUUAUGAAAGUAUUACAAAUAUGUAUGUACAAAUUUGUAAGAUCUUUGGCUGUUGAUUUAUUCUUUUGAUGUUUUGUAUAUAUUACUAGCUGCCUGAACCACGUCAGAGAGAAAGUCGACAGUUUUAAUAAUUGCAUUAAACUUGGGGACUCACACCGUCAAUUUUAAAAACAAUCUAUCUCAGGGCCACCGAAAGGAUCGUUUUAUACGCCGGCAGUGUCUGGUACAGGAACCUUGUCAAAAUCAAUGAGAAACUCAAAACUAUUCUAAGACCAUCGUUAAUAACCAUUACUAGAGCAUACAGUACAACAAUUUCUGAUGCUCUCCAGAUACUGACGGGAGUUGUGCCCAUCCACCUCAAAAUCAGGGUGGAUAUUGCAAUUACAAGAAUAAAAUGGAGCUGGAAAUUGGAGGAUUUGGGUUCGAUCCUAAAUCACAUCGAUCGACCAAUCCAAAUUGAGCAACCUCCUGAUGGAAAAUAUCCCUAACUUUUGGUUUCGGUGCCCUGUGGUAAAUCACUCCCAAAGAUCCAGCGGGAUUGAAAUAUUCACUGAUGGGUCUAGAAUGGAGGUUGCCGAAGAGGAAAAUAACGAAGAGAACAAUUAUUUUAGAACAGGAUAUGGUGUUAUUAUGAAAGUGAAUGGUAACACCAUUAGGGCGGACUCCACUAGGCUCUCUGACAACUGCAAUGUUUUUACAGCUGAGCAGAACUGAAUUAUCCAGAUGCAACGAUUUUUACUGAUUCGCUCUCCUUGUUGCAAGCACUUAAUGAUCCAACUCCUAAAAGCAGAAUAAUCGAAAACACUAAACUCCUGUGGCGUUCUAACAUUACUUGUAAUUGGGUAAAGGCACAUAUUGGUUAAGUAGGUAACGAGGAGGCGUAUCAGGCAGCCAAGUCUCAGUCAGAUUAAAUUAGAGGUCCCGAGUUCUAAUUCCCCAAUCAAAUCUAGUGAGAAACUUUAAAAUUUAAGAACACGGAGGCUGGAAUGGCAGGACCCCGGAAAGGGCAGGCAAACUUAUUAUUUCCUUAAAGAUCCAUCAAUCAGGAGAUUACAGGCCGACUUUUAUCUUAACCAGUUUCCUACUGGAUACGGAGUGCUCGGAGAUCAUCAAAAUAGACUUUUUAAUAAAAAUCAAAGCUGCAAGUAUUGUGGGGAAACACAGACUAUCGAGCAUUUAAUUUAUCCCUGUCUCCACUUCCGGACACUGCGUGGCGACCACCUUGUUGAAAAGAUCCUUCAACAAUGUUACGCAGAGUUGGCCUGUAGAAAAAUUAUUAAAAAUAUCAUCAAAACUACUCUUGAAGGUGUUUUAGCAGACCUGUAAUUCUCGGAGCCUGCAGUUCAUAGUGUUUAUAAUUCUGGUUGAUCUUAACUAUUUACAUCUGAUUUUAAUCAACUUUAACUUUUUAUGAACUUUUAAACUCUAAUUGGAUUUUAUAUUGACUGCUUUUUUAAACACUUCACCUGCUUUAGCUGAUUUUUAACUUUUUUGAACUUUUAAACCUCUACUCCAAUUUAAAAACGAACUUUUAAUUAUUGAACAUUUUAUCUUGUGAUCCAGUUUUUAACUGAACUUUACUUUUACUCAACAUUGUUUUUACUGAUUUCUGUUUAUGGACUGUUGCCAUGUAAUUUAUGUAUUUUAUGUUUUGUACUGUUCUUUUGAAUUUUAAUAAACAUUUACCCGUAUGCCCUAAAUUGGGGCAGGUCGGGGU